ACACACAGCUCCUUCCUGGGAAGCAGGUGUACCCUGCACCUGUUAUUGUGAAACUCAGGAAGAUCUGGAGACGUGUGAGCAAGUUAACAGGUCAAAAGAAACGAGAAUUUCAUUUCACAGCACUUCAAUAAACUCUAUCAAACAUUGGGUUUGAGUCCAAAUCAGCUCAUGGCAAAUUUCAAAGGACACGCACUGCCAGGCAGUUUCUUCCUUCUCUUCGGACUCUGGUGGUCUAUGAAGUAUCCACUCAAAUUCUUCCUGAAGAAGAAGAAAACAUCCCGACUAUGCUUUGAGCGGGUGGAAUUUGCUGAGGGGAUAGCCAAAGCUGUUUUCUCACUUGUGGGAAUUCUGGCUGAACAGUUUGUGCCUGAUGGGCCUCACCUACACUUACUGAGUGUAGACAGAGAAUCCUGGGUCAAGCUGAUGAACUGGCAGCACAGCACCAUGUACCUGUUCUUUGGCAUUUCUGGGAUUGUGGACAUGCUGACGUAUUCCUCACUCCAGCUCCCUGUUGGCCUAGAUCGUCUUGUUCUUUCGCUGGCCGUGUUUAAUGAAGGUUUUUUAUUUUAUUUUCAUGUCCAACACCGACCCCCUCUCGAUCUGCACAUCCACUCCUUGCUGCUCACCGCGGUAUUCGGAGGCUCCAUCAUCAUUAUGUUAGAGGCUUUCCUGAGGGAUAACAUCAUCUUGGAGUUAUUCCGAACCAGUCUGGCAAUUCUACAGGGCACCUGGUUCUGGCAGAUUGGCUUUGUGCUGUAUCCACCCAGCGGUGGACCCAAGUGGAACGAAACUGACCAUGGAAAUAUCAUGUUCAUUACACUGUGUUUCUGUUGGCAUUUCGUAGUGGCACUUACUAUCAUGGCUAUCAGUUACACACUGAUGUACUGGUUUGUAAAGAUAAAAUCCCGCAAGUCUGGUGCAAUGGAGCUGGGGGAGCUAAAGAGCUCAGAGAGGAACUCUCAUAUCAAUCUGCUGAAUGGUUCUGAUGAGGAAUGAACACUCUGAUCGAGAAGUAGCCCGUAGAUAUUCCUCAAUCAACAUUGAGAAGCUAAUCAAUUUUAUCCAAUUAUUUUGAACUGUGAACUUUAAAAAAACUGCUUCCUUCUGCUGAUUUGCUGAUUGCUGUGGGGAGAGGGAGAGGGAGAGGGGGAGGGGAUGGGAGUGGGAGUAAGAAUGAGCAGAAGGGGCAUGCAGCAGCAGCUUGGGACUGAUGAUGACCCCUGGCUAGCAGCAUAGGAGCUCAGACAGGGAUUGGUCUGGAAAUGUCAGUCUUGCCUUUGCCAGCAGAGUAGAUUUCACAGGGGCAUUAAGGUUUUCAGCAAUCAGACAGGAGCAGGGUUUGAGUUAGAAUUCCUUCCUCGAUGAUGGAAUCUUUGAGAGAAUAUUAGAAUUUACAGGAACAGGAAAAAAACGUGCAGACAUCCAACACCCUAUAAUCGCAUCUCCUGGGUUAAAUGUGAAGAGUUUACAGGUGACUGAAUCACUGAAUUUAAAACAUUAGGUUAGACUGUGUGUCGGUCUUUGCUCCCCCCAACCUCCUCCUCCACCCUCACCCCCAUGGAUUCGCCUUAUGUCCUCAUACCAUUUUUUCUCAAUAAGCAAUGUAAUAUUUUCAUUAAAGAUUUGCAUGAACUGUAAACCUCACUGCCCUGGGACAAGUGCAGAUUCAAGGAAAGGAUCCUCCACUGAUAGAAUUCUGAUCACGCUCUUGUUUUAAUUAAUACUUCUCUACUUUUGUCUCUAACUUAUUUCAAUAGUUUUAUUACUUGUCCAGUUUAUAUACGGUGUUAUGUAAAUUGAAGUACCUCGGAUUUCUUCAAUAUUUUCUUUUAGGAUGUGGCUGCAAAUUGCUGGCAUUCUCAUUGUCUCCAAAACAAUGCAACCUUAACUUUAAAUAAAUGAGUGAAUUGUAA